AUGCACUCGCCCAAGGUUCUAAACAUGGAAUCCGUGGCGGUGUACCGCCUCAUUCAAAAAGACUUAAAGCGGGCUGAUGAUGGAGUUAAUUUGAUAACGCGAAAUAAGUUUCUGGCGAGUCAUUUACCAGUCUUGAUAGACACCGUGAAGACUCGCAUAACGACAUGCAUGAAGAGAAACAAAUUGACAGAGUUAUGCAGGAUUCUAUACAAGGUUGAAGAAGACACCAAAUCUGCUGCUCUUCCAGUUUCAGUUGAUGUUCCUCCAGUUUCUGCAGUUUCAAAGAUAAAUGGAGGAACAGAUGUUUCACACAAAAAAUAUGUUUGUGGACCUGACCCAGUAGACAUGGGGCAGCUGGAACUUUUCAAAUUGCCUGCUUCUGAACCCGCUUCUGAGGAUCCCCAGAAUGAUUCAGUUACAGAUGUUUCACAUGAAAAAGGGGAUUGUGGACCUGACCCAGUAGACUUGGGGCAGGUGCAAGUUUCAGAAUUGCCUGCUUCUGAGGUUCCCAAGAAUGAUUCAGUUACAGAUGUUUCACAUGAAAAAGGGGAUUGUGGACCUGACCCAGUAGACUUGGGGCAGGUGCAAGUUUUGGAAUUGCCUGCUUCUGAGGAUCCCCAGAAUGAUUCAGUUACAGGGGAUUGUGGACCUGACCCAGUAGACGUGGGGCAGGUGCAAGUUUUGGAAUUGCCUGCUUCUGAGGAUCCCAAGAAUGAUUCAGUUACAGGUAUUAAAAGGAGACUACCAAGUGAUGAUGAAGACUGCACCAGAUGCACUGCAGGCAUGGAGCUUGUGAGAUUCUGUUACACGCAACAAUUGGAUUACUGCAGCUCCAACAUGCUGAAGUUGCUGCUUCAUGCAAGUCUCACUGAUUCGACCCUUGAAGGACCCAAUUGUGAAAGGUGUGAGAAGCUACUGGACUUAGUAGUUAAUGUUGAAGAAAUGCAAACAAAGGGGAUGCAAGAUGAAGAAUUGUACAAAAUUGCAAUGAAAACAAAGAAAGCUAUAAUGGUAUCCAUGAAGUGUCCACCCAAGAAAACAGCCAGGCAUGAUUUGAAGUCACUGGGUCCUGUUGCAACCCUCCUUGGGAGGUUUGCAGAAGUGGAUGAAGAAGGGCAAUUUAAACAUCAACCACCCAAGUGCAAGUUAUGCAAGUCUCCAGUUUCUGUUGUUCAAUUUGCUUCCUUCAUGACUUGGGCGUUGAAAGCUCACUACAAGAUGCAUGAUUUAUUGAAAGGGAAAACAGCAGACUAUAAUGGAGUUAACAAUGAUUGGAGGAGCAUAAUGUCCUCCUUUGUUUUUGAUGUUGGAUGCACAGCAUGGUUGCGCUUAGAAAGGAAUAAAGGCCGCCUAUCAGCUUGGUCAAUUCCAAUGAGGUGUGUUCCUGGGGCCUUGAAGUCUUCAGAUUUGAAGUUUCCAAAAGCAACGUACAAAGGAAGUCUGUCGGUGGAGGACAUAACUCCGGAAGAGAAGGUGACAAUAGCAUUGGGAAAGGAUAAGCAGUUAACUGAAUGCGUUAUGAUAGCGUGUAAUGCAUGUCAGGACGGAAGUGACAUGGGCCUCUUUAUAAGAGUUGAUGACCUAGAUUGCCUCAUACAGAGGAUGCAAAUGUACUGCAAGAACCUUGCUAGGCGUUCUCUUGUGCAAAAAGCUGGAACACCACAGGAAAAGAGAAAUUUGGAACCUUCAGGAAUAAUUGGGAAGGGGAUAUUCUACAACAUCCUUGCAAGAUUGCUCUUUCCAGCUGAUUCCUGCACUGGGAUUCUGAAGUACAGCACUUACUCAGGGACUAACAACAAGAAGAGGCUAAAUACAUCAGGAUCGUGUGAUGAAGAUGAGGAAGAUAAUGGCAAAGAAGUUGAAGAAAGUUCGUUUGUCACAUUCCAAUUUGAUUGCAUGUUUGGGCUGUCGCCAGAUGGUAUAAGGUCACCAUUUGUUCCUGGUUUAUUGCGUUCAAUCCUUUGGGAGGAGAUACAAAAGCUGAAACAGCAUUCAAGUGACAAAUUAGAGGAAGUUCUCAAAGAAGUCAUACGCAAGGAUACCUCUUCAUUUGUGAAUGAAUUGUACAUUGGCAUUGUGUCAUUCAAGAAAUGGAUCAAAACUUGCUAUGAGAAACAGAUGAGAACCAUCAUUGGAAACUACAUGCAAGAAAUUGGUGGUGUAUCUAAGGAAUAUGCAAGUUUCCAAAUAUGGCUGAAUGACGUUUACUACCAGCAUUAUGCAAUUUGGCCAGAUGUUUUUGCAAUUAAUGCUGCUACUGAGUUAAAAGCAAUGAAAGAAUUGGGAACACUGUAUUUACCAGAAAGUACAGUGUUGCAUGUUAGGUCGGAGGGCAAGAAGAUGAGCAUUCAAUGUAUUGGCUUCCGGAUCACUUGCACGUAUCCUGACAACAUCAUUGUUCUUCGCAAGUUGGGAAAAGCAAACACAUUGAAGCACUUUUAUCCUGCUAUUCUAACGGAUUUUGGCAGGCACUUCAAGAAUGAGGAGCUGUUCUUGAAGGUGAAAAAAUUCAAGACUGUGAAACCAGCUCAGCACAAGUGGUUUUCAAGGGAUGCUCAAUACCCUGGUUUUGAUUGUGUUGGUUGUUAUGAAAAUUUGAUACACACAUGGUCUUGGAGCUGGGAUCCCAAGAAGUCUAAGUACAGUGACAUUGUUGCUUUUGAUGUGGAUGAGGAUGGAAAAGUUACAUACAACAUCCGAGAACCUGCGUAUGAAGAAGCUAUGCCAAUUUUCUUAGCAGUGACAAUCCUUGAUGGUGGUGAAGAACAUAAAAAGUACCUUGAGAAUGCCACCACUGAGGAACACUUGACAAAAUUGUGGAAUGAUGCAGAGAGGAAUAGAAAUGCAGUAUUUGGGACCCAAUCUGGUCCCUCUAAUGUGUUCAAAACAUCUACACCAAAAAGAAGCGAAGAUGCAGUGGAAGUGCAGUCCUUGUAUAACACCAAUCCAUGCUCCAGCUUUGUACAGGACCACAGCAUUGUUGGGCAAAGUGACACUUUAGAAGCUACGGUCACACCAACAGCCUUGUCAAGGACAUUAUCUAACACUAGCAAUGUUACUUUCCCUGGAGUAUGCAAUUCAUCAAAUGAUGAGGCAUUUGAAGAAGUGGUGCUAAGAAGCUUCACAAUUACGACAGAUGACAGGAACAACUCAGAUUUCCAAGAUUCUGCAGCAUCACAGGAAUUACAAGAUGAAAGUAGUGAGGUUUUGUACAUGGACUUGCUUGGACCUCCACCAGAGUUUGCAAAUGAAGGUGCUGGACAACCAGGGAAUGCAAGAAAAAAUAGAGAACCAACCAUCAUCAGGACACUUGAAGAAAGAGAUCAGCAGGUGUGGACACCAAUACAAGAUGAUGCGAAAAGACAGGACUAUGACUACAAACCCCUCAAUCUGGAAAAGCGUCGAAUCAAUGAAAAUCUCCGAAUUUCCUCUGAGCAAGACAGAAGCACUCCGCACAUCUUCCUUACUCUCUUGCAAAACAUGCUUCGCAAUUUGACGAUCUUUGCCGAACGUCCAGCCAUUGGCUACCUGUGGGAGAUUCCGGAGAUGGGGAUCCCCAGAUUGGAUCCUCCUCUCUAUUAUGAAAAUAUGAAUUAA